AUGAAGUCACAACCAAGUCGCCAACAAGGGGCAUUACCUGGAAAGCCAGAGCAAAAUCCCAAGGAAACUAUGAAAGCAAUCACCCUACGGAGUGGUAAACAGUUAUCUCCAAGAAUUCUCACCAAGGAUGGUGAAAAGCAAGGUGGGGAGGUGGCUAUCAACAUUGAUGAUGAGGAGGUGGUGAUUGUAGAUGAGAAGGUUGAUGAAGAGAUUCUAGAAAAGAUUGUUGAAGCUAAGGGUAAAGGAAAGGUUGGAGAAGAGAAGAGGACAGUGAAACAUGGUGAAACUGCUAUUCCAACAAAGGACUCCUCUUUUGUUCCUCCUCCCUAUGAGCCAAAGCUACCAUUCCCUAGAAGAUUCAAAAGACAGCUAUUGGAGAAGUACAAGGCACUCUUUGAGAAACAAAUGAGUGAAGUUCAUAUCACAAUGCCCAUCAUUGAUGCUUUUAUGCUGGUUCCUCAAUACAGCAAAUUCUUGAAAGAUGCUGUAGCUGCAAAGAAGAAAGAGAUGGAGGGCAUGAUGAUCCUUACCCACGAGUGCAGUGCCACUAUCCAGAGGUUAGAUGUUCCAAGGAAGCUAGUGGAUCCAGGAUGUUUCACCUUACCUUGUGCUCUAGGACCUAUGGUAUUUGAACAGUGUCUUUGCGAUCUUGGGGCUAGUGUCAGCUUGAUGCAUUUGUCUAUUGCAAAGAAGCUUGGCUUUACUCAAUACAAGAAGUGUAAACUCUCUUUGGUGUUGGCUGAUAGAUCAGUGAAGAUUCAUGUAGGUAUUUUAGAAGACCUCCCCUUGAUGGUUGGUAACUUUGAGAUCCCUACUGAUUUUGUUGUGUUGGAGAUGGGGGAGGAAGCCCAAGACCCUUUGAUCCUUGGAAGACCAUUUUUAGCCACAGCAGGAGCUAUUGUGAAUCCAACCAUCCAGAACCAAGUUUUCUACAUUGAUGAAAUGGAUGCUCUAGCUGAUGAGCUUCUAGAGGAGUUGGCACUUGAAGACUCUCUACAGCAUGCUUUAACAAUCGAGAGAGAAGUCCAAGUGAUUGAGAACAAGGAAAGUGAUGUGUAUGUGAAGAUGCUGGAUUCUCACAAGGGGAUUAGUGGUGAGGGUCAGAAUGAGGAGCUUACAUAUGAGGCUCACCAUGCUUCCUCGGCCACUCAACAAGAGAACAACCAAGAGGAUGAUUGGAGUGAACUCAAAGCACCAAAAGUGGAGCUUAAACCUCUUCCCCAUAGUGUAAGGUACGCCUUCCUUGGCCCUAAUGAAACUUACCCUGUCAUAGUGAGUAGUGAGCUUAGUGAAGAUGAAUUGUCUAAACUUUUGAAUGAACUUAAAAAGUAUAGAAAGGCAAUAGGCUACUCAUUAUAUUAA